UAUAAAGCUUGUAGACACUUCAAUAGAGGAUGUUAAGGCAGUCGUACCUCAUGCCAAUUGCUCUACCACUCUGCAGUUUGAUUCAUUUUUCUUAAAUGACAUUAAGGAAAGUAAGUGCAGGGAAGCCAUGUGUGUAAAGUGCAGUGUGUGUGGCUGCUUGUAGCCACUAGGAGGUGCAGUAGUAACAGUAGGAUGAGGUUGAGUCAUUCUCUGUUGCCAUGGUAACUGGUCACCAGCCACAUGCCUACAGAUUCCUCAAUAAAUGAAACCUAGUUGGCUAUAAUGAGGCUGAUUAGCCUGUUAAGGGUAAGUAGGGCCAGCUGGUUGGAUUGGGGGGGGGUUGUCUGUGUGCUGUGAUUGAUGUCAUUGUGGCAAGUGUUUGGUAUAGGGAGGGGUCCCUCUGUUUUUUCAGUAUAUUUGUUACAGGGGUACCCCUCAUAUUUGAUGCUACCGCAUCCCACACAGUCGCCUAGCCGUGCUGUCAUUAGCAUCCCGUUUAAGGCCAGCUCACAUAUGUGAUACCAGCUUGCAAUUUGCUCUGUGCCUAAAACUCUCUGAAAUGUCAGUCCUUAGUUGACAAUUGACUAAGAUCAACAUGAAAAAUAACACAUUUAUUCCUACAUAAACAAUUAUUGAGUGACUUACAGAACCAAAAAAACUACACUAUAUAAAAUGUGAAGAGACCUCUUGCCUAUCAUUGCUGUCCUAACUACCUAAAGGCUGCAUUUCGGCAGGUGCGGUUCUGUGUCCUGUGCGAUUAGACCCUGGAUGCCCAAAUGUCGGAAUCGCUGCAGCAUCUAUCUGCAGAUAAUCCCAAUGCAAGCUGUGUGGUCAUGCAGUUAGUUCAAAGCAGGCUACUUGUCAUUUCACACCAUUCUCAUCACGUCAGUGAAAAUGUGAUUUAGCAAAGUACAGCUGUGCCAUCUCUAACUCCAGACGUCUUUGGGUUCUCUUCAGCAGAGUCAUGUGACUGUAUCUCCCAUUUCCAGACUGAGGGGGUGCUGCUCUCACACUGGCUGUGUACGUCUGAGAAACGGUGCUUCCAUUUUAGUAGUUUCCUUUUCCUGGGCUGUCUCUGCUAAUUAAGUCUUUAUUAGUGUUAUUAACCUUUUCGGGAAGGCAUUCAGAAGCCCUGUACAGGUCACCAACAGCUACAAAGGAAGUGUUACUAUAGGAUAAUUUACUACACAUAUAGAUUCUCAAAAGGCAGUGUUAUUGUGAAAAUAGACGGUAAUAUGAACACUGGUGGAACCACAUUGGAAACAAAAGACCUAUGGCGAUGAUUUUCCUUCCACCUUCUCAGAUGACCAAGGUUUCAGAGGGUCAGGUUAACAACUAUAUUACUGGAGCUCGGGCAGCUAUGCAGGUGCCUGUGGAGAAUUGGGCUAGAGCAUAAAUCACAGCUGCAGAGAUGGUAUUAGGUCCAGCUCAGGAAUACGCCUGUCCAGUUAUAUCUCUGGCAUUUGUCUGUUUGAAAUGUUCCCAUUUAUCAGAAAGCCAUUUUCCCUCCAAAAGCACUAUCACAGCCUCUGUGACUGUCCCGCUACUGUCAGCUUCCCAGUGUUCUGUUAUGUGAUGAAGCAGGGACUGGCCAGCUGUCGUUGGGCGCUUGUGGGUCAGGCGGAGAUGCUCCAGGGGCAGCUGGUCGCUUCCCUUUGGAAAGUGCUUGCGGUACGCUGGCAUGGAGAAAUGCUAGUUGCAAAACAAUCUAUCUCUGUUGCAUAUAAACAAACACGGGGAGUGCAUUUGGAGAAAAAAUAGUGUCCAAAAGUGUUGAUAUUGCUAAUUUAUUCCCAAGGAUAUAUUCACAAGAAUUUGUAGGGGUAAAGAGCAUGAAAUGUCCUUAGCAGAAGUAAGAGUGACAGUCCUUUUUUGGAGGGACUGAGCUGUGGCCCUACACAUACUCCCUCCUGUGCACAAUAAGGGACCCAAAUAUCUGCAGAACAUUUAGGCAGAAAUCCUUGGAGAUCCUACAUGUACAUAUCCAUCCUGGGGUAAGGAAAUGCUGAACAACGGAGGGUUUUUGUGUAGAACAUUACGUGUCAUUUGUCACCCACAUGUCCCCUCCAUUUGGAUGACAAAUUACGCAAUUAAUAAAAGCUGCCAAUGAUUUCUCACUGAGAGAACAAUACCCUGUCAGCGUUACUGCUUUUUUCCUCAUUCAGAGUUUCUCUCUGUCAAGGACCCUCGGGCUGUGUUCUCUGGCUUAGCUCCAAUGAAAGACCUCCAAAAAGGUGGGGGUGCGCGGAGGGGGCUGUGAACUUCACUGGGUCGCUGGUGUUUUCCCAGCAGCCCUAGAAUCGUAUUUGCGGGGAGAUUCCCCAAAGGUCAGCUGUGCCUUGCCACCCCACCCCCGUCUUCCAUGAAAGGGGCUUAUUUUUUCAAUGAAAUGCUUGGGCUUCAUCCCCUCAGUUCAGUCUCUGGGGUUGAAAAGCUCUUCAAAAUUGAAUGGAGUCAGAAAACUGCCCGAGUGAUUCCUGGUGCUGUGGAUAUGGGAUGACUGCGAUCAAAGUAAUUUUUAGAUAAUUAUUCAGAUUGAAAUUGGACAUACCACAAACUGUAAAUGACAUAAGACGCACUUCAUCACGCCAGCCGUGUCUUGUUCCUGCUUUCCAUCGAAGGUUUCAUAGACGUAACCGUGCUAAGACAAACGGACUUGUUCUGCCAUGUUUCUGCAUUGUCGUGCUUGCGAGGUGUGACAGCCGUGCUACUGACUUACUGUGUAGUAUGCGGCAUCCACGGUGGAAAACCGCAAGAAAAAAGGAUGGUCAUUCAAUACUAUAUAUUAAAUGAAUAUACCGAAAUUUAGUGUAAGAUUCACCUUGCACGCAGCAACGUUUAAUUGUUUAAUUGGAAGGAUUAAACUGAACUACGUAGAUAGCGCUAUAUGCCCCAGCGUUUCUAAUAUAAAUGUCCAGAGCAUACCCUUAAUGCUCAUAGACGAAGACGUCCCCUUCGCUCCUCCACGCCCCGCCCUUUCCCUUUAUCGUCCCCUGUCCUUUGUCUUUAUUUCUCCAUUUUGAGUAUUUGUAAUCUUUAGAAACCCUCGGUCGACGUUUGACGGGAAGAAACGAAGAGUGAGAGACUUUGAAGAGAGGCUGAGCCCGGAUGAGGGUGAAUCCUUCUUUCUCUAACUCCUCCUCAUGACUACUCCCCCGCACAUGCAUAUCCCCCUCCGUCCACCCUUCCUCUCACACCGCCUUUGUGUUCCCAGUACGUGAUGCCCCAUAUCGUUUGCCAGCUACUGUCUAAACUACAUAUGAUCAAGAUGAUGGAUGAUAUUGAAUAGGCUGUCAGAUUCUCAUUCACAGCGGCACGGUUUGUGGGACCAAGACCCUAGGAUACUCGAAGGUAUAUUCGUCUGAUUUAACAAUAGGCAGGCUUGGUACGUGUUGUCGGCAAUCGGUCUUAACUAUAUAUCAGCGCAACCUGAAUAAAAGAGCAUCUUCUUGCUCGAUCGGGGGCAAAAGUGAAAUGGAGUAAGGUGCAGAUAGAAAUAAAUUAAGCAGCGUACACAAUCUGAAUACGGAAAGGGGAAAGCGAAGAGCCUGGCCACUUUGCAAAAUUCAAGACCAAGAACAAGACAAAGGUUGGCCCUGGCCAAACGACAUCAUGAUGUCUUCAAAGGAGAAGCCUAAGAAGAAGCCACCAAAAGACAGCUUGACACUGCUGCCCUGCUUCUACUUCGUGGAGCUCCCCAUCGUGGCCUCCUCUAUGGUGUCCCUCUACUUCCUAGAGUUGACAGAUGUCCUGCAGCCAGCGCAAGUGGGCUUCCGCUGCCAUGACCGCUCAUUAAGCAUGCCAUACGUUGACAGCGGCGACGAGCUCAUCCCCCUGCUGAUGCUCCUCAGUCUGGCCUUUGCCGGACCUGCUGCUUCCAUCAUGAUGGGGGAGGGGCUAGUCUACUGUAUGCAGUCUCGCAUGAAGAUGCGCCCAGGUUCUGAAGGCAGCAUCAACGCCGGUGGCUGCAAUUUCAACUCGUUCCUGCGCAGAACUGUCCGAUUUGUGGGUGUCCAUGUGUUUGGGCUGUGUGCCACAGCUCUGGUGACAGAUGUCAUCCAGCUGGCCACAGGAUAUCAUGCCCCAUUCUUCCUUACUGUCUGUAAGCCCAACUACACCCUCCCCGGAGUGUCCUGUGAUAAAAACCCCUACAUCACCCGAGAUAUAUGCUCGGGGGUGGAUCAGCACGCUAUCCUUUCUGCAAGGAAGACCUUCCCUUCCCAGCAUGCAACACUGUCCUCUUUUGCUGCAGUGUAUAUUUCUAUGUAUUUCAACUCCACCAUCUCAGACAGCACCAAGUUGCUCAAGCCGGUGCUGGUCUUCGCCUUUGCUAUUGCGGCUGGCCUCACCGGCCUCACGCAGAUCACCCAGUACCGCAGCCAUCCCAUCGACGUCUAUGCGGGCUUCCUCAUCGGAGCCGGCAUCGCUGCCUACCUCGCCUUCCAUGCUGUGGCCAACUUCAGAUCCUCAGAGGACGUGGUGCCCCGGCCACCCCCGGCCCCCCGGAAGGAUGCGCUGCGGGCCCUGACGCAACGAGGCCAUGACUCGGUGUACCACAAGGGCCCCACAUCGGAGAGCAACGAUGAACUAUCGGCCUCACAGAGACUGGAUGGCCUGAACCGACAGGUGCAACGUGAGAAGGCCUCUCUGGGCAGCCUGAAGCGGGCAAGUGUUGAUGUGGAACUUCUGGCCCCCCGCAGCCCCAUGGGAAAGGAGACCAUGGUGACUUUUAGCAACACGCUACCGCGCACCAACAACGCCGGCGUGGAGGAGCUGGCACGACGCCACACCAGCGUGCACGUGCCACUGGACCCACUGCGCUCCAAGCAGCUGGUGUCCGAGUGGAAGCAGAAGUCAAUAGAGCUACGGGGAGGCCUGCGGGGGGAUGAGGAGCAAGACGGCAGUGAGGAGGAAGCCUCUGAUGUCGGAGAGAAUGGCGGUGACGAGGAGCUGAUGAUGCCCUCUGCGCUGUACCCCAGCGUGCAGGCCGGUCGCGGGGCUGCAGGGGGCGCCAGGGUGGUGAUGCCAGCCCGGCCAGGAGCCCCGCAGUUGGUGCACAUUCCAGAAGAGUCCACGGGACCCCCACCAGUGUCGCCCAAGAGUGCCAGCACUCGGGCGAAGUGGCUAUCCAUUGCCGAGAAGAGUGGCAUUACGGCAACAGGACCAGUACGCCCCCCCAACCAGCCCCGCAUCAUGCAGGUCAUUGCCAUGUCCAAGCAGCAUGGCCCCAUCACAGUGACACCCAAAUCCUCAGAGACAUCCUCCUCCUGCACCUCCUCCACCGCCAGUACUGACUCGCCCCUGUACCGGCCUCCCUCCGAACGCGACGGCUCAGGCAUUGUCACCGUGGAUGCCCAUGCACCCCAUCACCCUGUGGUCCACAUGUCCUCGGGUAACGGCGGCCCCUGGGAGUGGAAGGGCACCACCAAUGGCAGUGCAGCAGAGUCCUACGAGCUCAAUGACUUCGGCCGGGAUUGCGUCCUCAGCUACCGCCCCACCCAGAGCCUGUCUCCAGGCUCAUCCAUCGGCGAGGCCGACCAGGAGCCCCUGCCGCCCCCCCACCCCGAACUCCCACUGGAUGCCCGAGGCCGCGACUCCACCCUACGCCGCAAGGCCCACCUCUCUGCCCCAGAGCGGGAUGGUGGUCAGGCACAGACUGAGCAAGACCCUUUCUACAAAAAACUGCAUGCCAGCCGACGGUUUAAAGACCAUAACUAGCAGCCUGACUAGAGUUACCAAUUGGCUUGAAAGGAAAUUGUGUGUGUCUGCUCUCAAUUUCGUCCUUUGGACAGAUGAUGAAGUCAAGCCAAGAUGCAUAUGUCAAAGCUUUUCCUCAAGCAAACAACCCACACUUGAUAUUUCUCCAUGUUUUAGCAAACAGCUGAGGCCCUGAAUGUGGAGACUUACACAGACAGCAUUACCAAAAAGUAGAAGACUCACUUCAUAUGCUGCAGCGUUUGACUCCGCUCUGCCAUCACAUACAGACUAUUUGGUUAUUUUCAUUUAUUCAUAGCACAUGUACGGCAGGGUGUUUCCUAAUGGCAGUGUUUUGUUUGUAAACACACCUCUGUCCUGUAUGUGUGUGUGUGUGUGUGUGUGUAUCUGUGUGUCUGUUUCCAUGUGUGAGUGUCUGUAUCUGUGUGUGUGUCUUUGCCUGUGUGUAUCUGCGUGUAUGUGUGUCUGUCUUUGCGUGUGUGUAUCUGUGUGUGUGUGUGUUCUGUACGUGCAUGUGCACAUUCAUGUGUGUUGUACACAGCCUCACUGGAUCCACAUCGUUAAGGAAGCAUCAAGAUUUGGCUGUAAAACCAGGAAAACAUGACCAAUCUGUUUCACUGGUGCUUUUUGAAGCUGUCCAAAUGAACCAAUACUGAACAAAACUGGCUUUGUGUAAAAUAUAUAUGGAUAUCAGAAUACCUGGAAGGAGGGAACAUUUCUAUCUUCAGUGUAACUAAUCAGUGCUGUUUGUUUUGGGACAACAUGGAACGAAACAGAGACACACAAAAAACAAAACUUAAAAAGCGGAAGUAAUGAAGGUGAAAAUUACAGUUGUUUAGUAAGUGGAAGAUUUUCAGCUUGAAUUACUUUGGUCAAAGCAAUAGGCUCCAUGCAAACUGUUGUCUUGCGGUUAUUGAGAGACAUUUUAGUUUUUGACUUUCAUUUCAUUUGUAUUCAGCUGUGAAGCCUGCUUUUUCUGUAUAUACAGGGCAUUUCCAAGCCUGCAGUCAGACUCCUGCAUGUUAUGUAUUGGUUGUGAAAUUCAGACGUCUGUCUGUAAAAAAGAAAAAAAAAAACACUUCAAAAUGAUGCAGUCAGACAAAGAAAGUGUUGUCUCCCCUUGAUUAAAACUGUAAAACAGUGGUUUCUCAACCCGGUGCACUAGGACCCCCGGAAGGUCCAAGUUUUUUCUCCCUCCCCACUCCCAACCGGACGGUCCAUGUUUUUGCUCCCAACCAGACGGUCCACGUUU